AUCUCCAAACGUCCACCCCACUAUUAAUUUCCAUGAUUGAGCUAGAAGCCUAAAAGAGACAGCCGCUUGAAUUUAUGGGCCCUAUUAUAUGUAGUAAUGGGCCAUAUUGGGCCCCCGUAUAGAGUCCAGAAAAGCUCUCCCGCGCAAGGUUAGCAUCCCGAGAAUUAAAACAUAUCUUUUUUAUUAUUUGAACGAAUGAGUUCGAGCUUCGCUGAAGCAAAUCAGAUGGAGAAGGAAGAGUCGCUGAAACUGGCGAUCGCUGUUUCUCUGAUUCAAUCGAAGAUCCAGAACCGUAGAUCUUCUUCUGAUGCUCUUCGCUGGAAGCACAAGGCUAAAGAGAGGAAGAAAGAGAUAAUGAGACUCCAGGAAGAUCUCAAGCAUGCUGAAAGUGGUUCACAUUGUUAUUUAUUCCCAGAGAAUGCUUCUUGCAAGUGUUAUUUCUUUGAUAACUUGGGAGAGUUCAGCGGCAGGCGGUCUCAAACAAGAUUCAGUGAUGUUCUUCGUCGUAGAUUUAUCAGAUUAGCAAGGACAAGGGGGAGAAGGAAAUCAACUCGACCAUCUCAAAGAUUGCGGCUCUCAGAACCGGGAUAUGUAGAGGAAGCAGAGCAUCUAAAGAUUUCUAUUGAUUUUCUACUGGAACUUGCUGAAGCAGACUCCAAUUCCUCUAAUUUCAGCAAUUGGUCACAUGAGGUUGUAGAUUUCAUAUUAGCUUCACUGAGGAAGCUUAUAUCGAUGGGGAGAAACUUGGAAGCUGUUGAAGAAUCUGUUAGUUACAUGAUUACACAGUUGAUCAAAAGAAUGUGCACUCCCUUUAUAGGAAAUGAGGUUAAGCAACUAGAAACAAGUGCCGGGCUUUAUGUUCAACAUCUGAUCCGUAAACUGGGAAGUGAUCCAUACAUUGGACAGCGUGCAAUAUUUGCUGUCUCUCAGAGACUAUCCAUUCUAGCCGAAAACUUACUGGUCAUGGACCCAUUUGAUGAAUCAUUCCCAGAGAUGGAUGAGUGCAUGUUUAUAUUGAUACAGCUUAUUGAGUUCCUGAUAUGUGACUAUCUGCUACCUUGGGCUGAGAGUGAAGCAUUUGAAACUGUUGUGUUUGAGGAGUGGAUAGCAUCAGUAAUCCAUGCGAGGAAAGCAGUAGCAGCUUUGGACGAAAGAAACGGAUUGUAUCUUCUUUACAUGGACCGAGUCACAGGGGAACUAGCUAAACGAGUUGGUCAAGUCACAUCUUUCCCGGAGGUGGAGCCAUCCAUUUUGGACAAAAUCUUAGCCUACCCAGAAUGAUUACCUUUCAGGUCAUGACGACGACCAAGCUGGUCAAACGAGGAAGCUUGGAGUUUUCAUAAGGAAAAGAGGAGGAGGAGGAUACAGAAGGGCUCGCACCACCACAUCAGCUUCUGCAACGCUUUUGUCAGGCUCCUUCCAUAUGACUGCUUGCCUUGUCUCCUCGUUCCUGCUCUCUCUUAUUUUCUAGGUUUUUCUACUGUCAAAAGUGGUCUCUUUUUUUUUUUUUUAAUUUCUUUACAAGAAUUGUAGUGGUCGAUAGUAGUUAAUGUCAACAUGAAUCUGUAUUCUCUAUAUUGUACACAAGUGGGUACAACAUGAAGAUUGUGAGCUC